UCCUGCACCCGCUUCAAAUACCAGGAUAUUCAACUCGCCCAGGAGAUCCAGAGACUGGGGAAGAAGUUUUACUUUGUGCGCUCCAAGGUUGAUCAGGAUUUGACAAAUGAAAAACGACACUAUGAGGAGGAGGGAAUCCUGAAUCAGAGCAAUGCUUCCGUGAAAAGUCCAUCUCAGUACAGUGAGAGUGCGAUACUCAAUACUAUCAGAGAGGACUGCAUCGAAGGCCUGGAAGCAGGAGGGGUGGCCUCCUCACGGGUUUUUCUUGUAUUUAGAGGGGACUUAGGCAAAAACGAUUUUCCCAAAUUGCAGGAAAAGCUUGUGGAUGAGCUCCCCAGUCACAAGAAACUCGCUCUUCUACGAUCCCUGUCCCAUGUUUCUAAAGAAACUUUGGAGAAGAAAAAAGAACAACUGCAAACGCAGAUAUGGUGGAAAAGUCUGGUGUCAUGUGGCAUCGCUGCUGUCCCUAUCCCCGGUCUCUCCAUUGCUUGUGAUGUUGCCAUGCUGGUGACGUCCCUGAAAGAGUACUGCAGGGACUUCAGCCUUGAUGAAAACUCUCUCUCUGCACUUGCUAGACGGACUAAGGUUCCCAUUGCAGAGCUGAAGGCCGUUAUAAAGUCCCCACUGAGUGAAAAAAUAACAAAAGAUCUUGUAAUUGAGAUACUGACGAAGUGCACAGCCGGGGCAGUGCAAUAUUCAACAAUUGCAUUAAAAUUUAUACCUGUGGUAGGAUCUGUGGUAGCUGCAGUAGUUGCUCUCCCUACCACAUACUUCAUGUUGCAGAAUUUCCUGGAUGCUGCUGCUGCUGACACUGUACGAGUUCUGGAGGUGGUUAUGAAGGGAGCCAUUUCAAACUUAGAGAAAAAGCGCAAAAACACCCGAACCCCCUGA